AUGGCUCAAACUGCCUUCGAUCAGAAGAAGGAUCACAUCCUGGCAGAAAUCCACAACAAUAUGCAGGAUCUGUCGCCCAAAGGAACAAUCGAUGAGCUGUGUUGGCCAAUCAUGGAUUUGAUCAACUCGCACCGGGACAUGGUCACCACUUCGUCGUGUUCGGGACGUCUUAGCGUGUUUGUGGAGGGCAACAAGCUAAGCAACGAAGACGUGAAAUCGGGAGGCAAAGGAGAAGGUGGGAAAUGGCUGUUUGUCACGCAUAACCAAGAAGAAGUGAUGAGAUGGACCGAAAAGCUACCAGAAACCGUGAGUUACGAAAAAGAUCUUCAAAACGUUGCUUCCCAGCCCAAUGCCCGCUAUAUACUGUACAAAUACGAGCCGUUCAUCCUGCAUGUGAAGUGCAGAGACUUUUCAACUGCCAGCAAACUAUUCAGCACGGCUAUGGCGUGCGGCUAUCGAGAAAGUGGGAUCGGCAGUAACUACAUCGUUGCCGUCAGAGUCAACAUCAAAUUGGACAUUCCAAUUGGGUAUCUUGACCCAGAUACCGAGAAACUUAUCUUUUUCGUGGAUAAGUGCUACCUUCAACUUAUAGACAGAAUGACAGUGUCCAAGUUUACUGAGAACGCCAAGAAAAUGCGGGAACUUCACGAUAGAAUCGAAAGUCAGCUUGUCAAUCCGUCUCACACCAUAUCAAUCAGCAAUGAGCCCAAGGAAACCAAGGAAGAACGCCGGGAACGCAAGAAAAAAGAGGGCUUGUUGAGACAGCAGCAGGUAAACCAGGAAAGAACACAGUGA